GGACCUGCACGUGUCCGCUCGCUCGCUUCCCAGCGCUGGGCUGGGACGGGAGCGCAGGCUUGGGGUGUGCGUGCGCGGCGCCGCCGCCACCUUCGCUGCCCUGCCCCUGCCGCCCCUGCUCCGCCUCCCGAGUGGUCCGCGCCGCGGGGAGGCGGCCAUUUUGUUGCUGUCCGGGCCGCCGAGCGGGCUCGGGCUGCCGCGCCGCGGGGAGGGCGCCGGAGACAUGUACAUCAAGCAGGUGAUCAUUCAGGGAUUUCGAAGCUACAGAGAUCAAACAAUUGUAGAUCCUUUCAGUUCAAAACACAAUGUCAUUGUGGGAAGAAAUGGAUCUGGGAAAAGUAACUUUUUCUAUGCAAUUCAGUUUGUCCUCAGUGAUGAGUUUAGUCAUCUUCGCCCAGAGCAGAGACUGGCUUUGUUGCAUGAAGGCACAGGUCCUCGUGUUAUUUCAGCAUUUGUGGAAAUUAUUUUUGACAACUCAGACAACAGAUUACCAAUUGAUAAAGAGGAAGUUUCACUUCGCAGAGUUAUUGGAGCCAAAAAGGACCAAUAUUUCUUAGACAAGAAAAUGGUGACGAAAAAUGAUGUGAUGAACCUUCUUGAAAGUGCUGGGUUUUCUCGCAGUAAUCCCUACUAUAUUGUCAAACAAGGAAAGAUCAACCAGAUGGCAACGGCUCCUGACUCUCAGAGACUGAAGUUGUUAAGAGAAGUAGCUGGUACUAGAGUGUAUGAUGAACGUAAAGAAGAAAGUAUUUCCUUAAUGAAAGAAACGGAGGGUAAACGAGAGAAAAUCAAUGAGUUGUUGAAGUACAUUGAAGAGCGAUUACAUACCCUGGAAGAGGAGAAAGAAGAGCUAGCUCAGUAUCAGAAGUGGGAUAAAAUGAGGAGAGCAUUAGAGUACACCAUUUAUAACCAGGAACUCAAUGAAACACGUGCUAAACUUGAUGAGCUUUCUGCCAAACGAGAGACAAGUGGAGAGAAAUCAAGGCAGUUGAGAGAUGCACAACAAGAUGCUAGAGAUAAAAUGGAGGAUAUUGAACGACAAGUUCGAGAACUAAAAACAAAGAUUUCUGCGAUGAAAGAGGAGAAGGAACAACUCAGUGCUGAGCGACAGGAGCAGAUUAAGCAGAGGACCAAAUUAGAACUUAAAGCUAAGGACUUGCAAGACGAACUAGCUGGCAACAGUGAACAAAGGAAAAGACUGUUAAAGGAGAGACAGAAACUUCUUGAGAAAAUUGAGGAGAAGCAGAAAGAGCUAGCAGAAACAGAACCCAAAUUCAACAGUGUAAAAGAAAAAGAAGAGCGAGGAAUUGCUAGACUAGCACAAGCUACCCAGGAAAGAACAGAUCUUUAUGCAAAACAAGGCCGAGGAAGCCAGUUUACUUCCAAAGAAGAGAGGGAUAAGUGGAUUAAAAAGGAACUCAAGUCUCUAGAUCAGGCAAUCAAUGACAAAAAACGACAGAUUGCAGCAAUACACAAAGAUUUAGAAGAUACAGAGGCUAAUAAAGAGAAGAAUCUGGAGCAAUACAGUAAAUUGGACCAAGAUCUUAAUGAGGUGAAAGCUCGUGUUGAAGAACUGGACAGAAAGUAUUAUGAGGUGAAAAACAAAAAAGAUGAACUACAGAGUGAAAGAAAUUAUCUAUGGAGAGAGGAGAAUGCAGAACAACAAGCUCUUGCUGCAAAACGAGAGGAUUUGGAGAAGAAACAGCAACUUCUUAGAGCAGCAACAGGAAAGGCCAUUCUAAAUGGUAUAGACAGCAUAAACAAAGUCUUGGAGCACUUUCGCCGGAAAGGCAUAAACCAGCAUGUUCUAAAUGGUUACCAUGGAAUUGUGAUGAAUAAUUUUGAGUGUGAGCCUGCUUUCUACACUUGUGUUGAAGUUACUGCAGGGAACAGGUUAUUUUAUCAUAUUGUGGAUUCCGAUGAGGUCAGUACAAAGAUCUUAAUGGAGUUUAAUAAAAUGAACCUUCCUGGAGAAGUAACUUUUCUGCCUCUCAACAAGCUGGAUGUUAGAGAUACUGCUUACCCUGAAACCAAUGAUGCUAUUCCUAUGAUCAGUAAACUGAGAUACAAUCCCAGAUUUGACAAAGCCUUCAAACAUGUUUUUGGAAAGACGCUCAUUUGUCGUAGCAUGGAGGUGUCUACCCAGUUGGCCAGAGCUUUCACUAUGGAUUGUAUUACUUUGGAAGGUGAUCAAGUCAGCCAUCGUGGUGCUCUGACUGGAGGUUAUUAUGACACAAGAAAGUCUCGGCUUGAACUACAAAAAGAUGUUAGAAAGGCAGAAGAAGAACUUGGUGAACUUGAAGCAAAACUCAAUGAAAACUUGCGCAGAAACAUUGAAAGGAUUAAUAAUGAAAUUGACCAACUGAUGAAUCAGAUGCAGCAGAUUGAGACCCAACAGAGAAAAUUCAAAGCUUCCCGGGACAGUAUCUUGUCGGAGAUGAAAAUGUUGAAAGAGAAGAGGCAGCAGUCUGAAAAAACCUUUAUGCCAAAGCAACGCAGCUUGCAAAGCUUGGAGGCAAGUUUACAUGCCAUGGAAUCAACUCGAGAAUCAUUAAAAGCAGAACUGGGAACGGACUUGCUGUCUCAGCUCAGCCUAGAUGAUCAGAAACGAGUGGAUGCACUAAAUGAUGAGAUUCGACAACUGCAACAAGAAAAUAGACAGCUUUUGAAUGAGAGGAUUAAACUGGAAGGCAUCAUCACAAGAGUAGAGACGUACCUCAAUGAGAAUCUCAGAAAACGCUUAGACCAAGUGGAACAAGAGUUGAAUGAGCUACGAGAGACAGAAGGGGGCACGGUUCUUACUGCCACAACAUCAGAACUCGAGGCCAUCAAUAAACGAGUGAAGGAUACCCUGGCACGAUCAGAUGAUCUGGAUAACUCAAUUGACAAAACAGAAGCAGGGAUUAAAGACCUUCAAAAAAGUAUGGAACGCUGGAAGAACAUGGAGAAGGAACACAUGGAUGCAAUUAACCAUGACACAAAAGAACUUGAAAAAAUGACCAAUCGGCAAGGCAUGCUUCUCAAGAAGAAGGAGGAAUGCAUGAAGAAAAUCAGGGAAUUGGGCUCACUUCCACAGGAGGCCUUUGAAAAAUAUCAGACAUUGAGUUUAAAACAGUUAUUCCGUAAGCUGGAGCAGUGCAACACAGAGCUGAAAAAAUACAGCCAUGUCAAUAAAAAAGCUUUAGACCAGUUUGUUAACUUCUCAGAGCAGAAGGAGAAGCUGAUAAAAAGACAGGAGGAGCUGGACAGGGGCUACAAAUCUAUUAUGGAGCUGAUGAAUGUCCUUGAACUCAGAAAAUAUGAAGCUAUCCAACUUACUUUCAAACAGGUGUCAAAAAACUUCAGUGAGGUGUUCCAGAAGUUAGUACCUGGUGGCAAAGCCACACUAGUGAUGAAGAAAGGAGAUGUGGAGGGCAGUCAAUCCCAGGAUGAGGGUGAAGGCAGUGCUGAAAGUGAGAGGGGAUCUGGAUCUCAGAGCAGUGUGCCAUCUGUAGACCAGUUCACUGGAGUUGGGAUUAGGGUGUCGUUUACAGGAAAACAGGGUGAAAUGAGAGAAAUGCAGCAACUUUCAGGUGGACAGAAGUCCUUGGUGGCCCUAGCCCUGAUUUUUGCUAUCCAGAAAUGUGAUCCAGCUCCUUUUUACCUGUUUGAUGAAAUUGACCAAGCUCUGGAUGCUCAGCACAGAAAGGCUGUUUCAGAUAUGAUUAUGGAACUAGCUGAACAUGCCCAGUUUAUUACAACAACUUUUAGGCCUGAACUGCUUGAGUCAGCAGAUAAGUUCUAUGGUGUAAAAUUCAGAAACAAGGUUAGUCAUAUUGAUGUGAUCACAGCAGAGAUGGCCAAAGACUUUGUGGAAGAUGAUACUACUCAUGGUUAAAUGGAAAUGUAUUGCCAAUGUGCUUGGAAGAUGUGUAUAGUGUGAUGCCUACACCGGGGAGCUGUAAAUUAAAAUUUGAAAUAUUUAGUCAUUGUUAAAAUAGUUUUUGAACAUACAUUUUAACCAAGACCACCAGAAGAUUAUUAGUUUCAGAGGAGCUUGAGUCCCCAUUUAGUCUCUGUUGCUGUAUUCUUUUAUAAGAUACCUGUGUUACCUUUAUACAAUACUUGUAGUUUGAAAACUUUAUCCCUACAAAUCUUUUUGUAAAAUGUCCUGUUGCUGUUUUAAAGCUUUUUUGAAAAGUGCUAGCUAUUCCUUCCUAAUUAUAAUUUUAUCAUUUAUACUGCCUCACAUGUUUUUUUAAAUAGCUUCAAUUAAACAGUUGGUUUUAUGGCUGUAAUUCA